ACAAUCGGGACUGAGAAGCUAUAAAUUUCUGCAGCUUCUAGCACUAAACUUCAAGCCAGUCUAGGUCUAGAAGAGCUGUGGCCCGAUGGCAGCUGUGCCACUCAUCCUGCUGUGGGCCACACUGCUGCCCAGUGGCCUGGCCCUGCCGCUGCCCCAGGAGGCGACAGGCACCAGGGAGGUGCAGUGGGAACAGGCACAGGAUUAUCUCACGAGAUUUUAUCAUCUUGACUCAAAAACAAAGGAUGCCAAUCGUUUCACAGACAAACUCAAGGAAAUGGAAAAGUUCUUUCACCUUCCCAUAACUGGAAAGUUAAACUCUCGUAUCAUAGAAAUAAUGCAGAAGCCCAGAUGUGGAGUGCCGGAUGUUGCAGAAUAUUCCCUAUUCGCAAAUAAGCCAAAAUGGUCAUCCAAAGUGGUCACAUACAAAAUUGUAUCAUAUACUUCAGACUUACCACAUAGCAAAGUGGAUGAAAUAGUGGCAAAAGCUUUAAACCUGUGGAGCAAGGAGAUCCCGCUGAACUUCCGUAGAAUUCAAUUUGGAACAGCUGAUAUAGAGAUUCGCUUUGCAAGAGGAGCUCAUGGUGACUUCAACCCGUUUGAUGGACCAGGAAAUGUACUGGCUCAUGCCUUCCCACCAGGGCCAGGCUUAGGAGGAGAUGCGCACUUUGACAAGGAUGAAUUCUGGACUGAUGGCAGCCAUCGAGGAAUUAACUUCCUGUAUGCCGCAACCCAUGAAUUCGGCCAUUCUCUGGGUUUGGGUCACUCUGCUGACCCUAACGCUGUGAUGUAUCCAACAUAUGGAAAUGGAGAUUUGAAAAGCUUCAGACUUGCCCAGGAUGAUGUUGAAGGCAUUCAGGAAUUAUAUGGAAAGAGAAGUAAUUACAGAAAGAGAUAGAAACUUAAAGAAAAAUAUCCAUUCACUCAUCCACUGGAUUCUGCAUCAGUGUCACCCAAACAGAAUGAAUACACACUCUUCCUGCACUCCAUUCCGCACUGAUUUCACUCCUGCUCAGGUUCUUGCCCUCCCUCCUUCUGAGGAUAAAUUCCUUUGUGACAUGACUUGGUCUUUCUCAUGUGUAACUGUCUUCAGGCAACACCCAGUUGGUAUAUGUCAAUAAAUGUUAUAUUUAAAAAUAAGUAAAACUUAUUUUAUGGUGAAAUUA